GGAGCAGGCAGCAAAUCCAAGCAGCAGAAGGCAACAAUCACAGUGCAGCAGACUGAGCACUUCCAGAAAGGACAGCUCCUUCUUUCCUACCAGGUCUCUUUGUAGUAUGACAGCAAAACUCUGAAGAUCUUUCUUGUGGAUUUCUUCAUUAUCAGGUGUUUAACCAAGAAAACCAUCUGAUCUACUUGUGAAAAUGCCUGAGCAAAGUAACGAUUACAGAGUAGUAGUUUUUGGAGCUGGAGGUGUGGGUAAAAGCUCCCUGGUUCUGCGCUUUGUAAAAGGUACAUUUCGAGAAAGCUAUAUACCAACUAUUGAAGACACCUACAGGCAAGUGAUCAGCUGCGACAAAAGUAUAUGUACUUUGCAAAUUACUGACACCACUGGAAGCCACCAGUUUCCAGCUAUGCAGCGCCUAUCUAUAUCAAAGGGGCAUGCCUUCAUUUUGGUUUACUCCGUCACCAGCAGGCAGUCCCUGGAAGAAUUAAAGCCAAUUUAUGAACAGGUUUGCCAGAUUAAAGGGGAUGUUGAGAGCAUCCCUAUCAUGUUAGUUGGAAAUAAAAGUGAUGAAAGCCAAAACAGAGAAGUGGACAGCUCGGAUGGAGAAGCAAUAGCAAAAAAAUGGAAAUGUGCCUUCAUGGAGACAUCUGCCAAGAUGAACCACAAUGUGAAGGAGUUGUUUCAAGAGCUUCUGAACCUUGAGAAACGCAGGACUGUGAGCCUUCAGAUAGAUGGCAAGAAAAGCAAGCAGCAAAAAAGGAAAGAAAAACUGAAAGGCAAAUGUGUUGUCAUGUAAAAGUCUAUUUAUUCUAACCUUGCAGCGCUGGAGAUGAUAGGGAAACUGCAUGCACAACACUUGGCAAUGCACUAUUUUAUCAUCCGGAAAUAAAUGGCACAUAAUUUAACUGUUUUACCUCAAGAAAUGUUUGAGGUAGAAAUGACUAGACUUGAAAAUUAUUUAGUGUCAAUUUCAUCUUGUUCAAUGUCAUUUAAUAGGACUUAAUUGUCAUUUCCAGCAUGCAACUUGCUAGAAAUGCUAGUGUGGAAAAUUUAGAAUUUUUUUAUUUAUUUAUAUAUAGAGACUGAAAAUUUGAAAUUGCAUGUGAUAGCCAUGCAUAUACAGUACAAAUAAUAAUAAGAUAAAUAUGAUAUUAAACUAUCCUGCAUAUUAUGGUAGCGCGGGACUCCGGAUUUCACAUCUCGCACAUUUGGGGUUUAUUACCUAAGGAAAUAUUAAGUGCAAAUAACUAUGUACCUUUCAUGCAUGAUAGGUCAUGUCCAUAUUACAGCUGUAUUCAUUUUAGAGCAUAUUUUAUAAAAAUUAUAUACACAUAGCCAGACAUGUUUUAAUUGUGUAUUUGUUUUUUCUUAAUGUUUAUUGCCUUAACAAAAAGUUUCUCUAUCCAAAUACUUUUUACAGGGAUGAGACUAUGUGCUGAUGUGUAGCCAGUAUACACACAUUCAUGCAUUGCACAUGAAUGUUCUACAAACUGUAUUGUCACCUCUGAAGAUCAUGUUACUGUUUUCACUGCAUACAUAAGAGCAUCAUUUUACUUUGCUUAUUUUGUAAUGAUCUUUAUCUUAAUGAAUGGUUCUUCUAGUUGCCACAAAUUUGCUGACUGAGCUAAAUUGUUCAGCUGGAACAGUUUUUUCUUCUAUCGAACAUGCGGCUGCUUUGGGAUUGUUCUCAUCCUCAUUUAAAAAUGUGGCAAGAAUUGAAUGCAGGGAUGCUAAAAUGGUUGCAAACAAGGAAAAUUUGAGCCAUAAAAUAAGACACCAGGACCUCCUGACACUGGUGCAAUGUUGGACUGGCCCACCAGAGUACCAGAGGAUCCUCCAGUGGGUCCAGGCUUUGAUACCAUAGUGGGUCCCGAAGGUCCAGAAAAAAAACAUUUGGUGCUGCUGCCUUUGGAGACAAUAAAUUGCCACUAGGGUCUACUCUGUUUCUUCAAAUCAAAAGCUACUAGACUUUAUUGAUGAUGUGGGGGUUGGGCCUCAAAAAUAAUUUCCUCUGGUGGGACCAAUGAAGCCCAGUCUGACCCUGCACCAGUGGUAAGGAGUAUGGUAACAGUGUCUAGGUCCAUUUAAGUGCUGCUAGACACCAAGACCAAUGGUAAGGAGUUUGGUGGUGUCUGACAUCACUUAAUAUGGAACUAAUCCCCCCCCUCCCCCCACCUUGUAUUAUGUAAGGCUGACCAUCCCAGAAUGAAAUUCAGCACAGCAACUUUGUGUAUAAUGAGCCAGAACUAAGUCAAAACUAGAAGAAGCCAUCAUAAUCGAGAAAACAUCUGUGAUCAGUACAAGAUCAGAUCAAGAUCAGUACAAGAUAAGUGAAGCAAAGCAGUUCCAAGUUUAUUUAACAUUACAUGUAGAUCAUAUCUAAAUGUAAACUGUAAAAUGGUUUUCAAAGGUGACUUAAAAUAUCAACUAAAGCAGUUUAAGGCCUUAUUCACAUGUCUCUGUUCAGUUUGCAGACGCAAAAACUCAGACCAAUUUGCCUCCAAAUUUUGCAUCUGCAAGGACUAAAGUAGUACAUGCUCCUGUGUACUUCCUGCGGACCAAAGGUUUGCUGAAAAACAUGGACAUUUUAAUACACAUAUACAAUUUAAUGGCUCCCCGUGUUGUCCGUGGAGAGAAUGAACAAUACAUGGAUGUGAAUCACUGACAUGUGAAUAAGCCCUUAUUGAACUUUCAGUGGCAUGUGAUGGAUGCAUUUAGUUGGUGAACACAUCCAUUUUAUAGGCACAUGAGCAACUUUAACCCGCCAACAAUUCUAUACUGGGAAUAUUAAUCUUAGCAUCUAGUUAGGCAGCUCAAGAAAUGAAGAGUAUGAAGAGAUACUAGAUGUUGCCAAUUUAGACAUAUCAGCUAAGAAGAUGGCUUCUUUCCAGAAUAACUACUGCACAUAAAGGCCAUUAGCAGUCAUCUUCCAACAGUAAGAUGACUAUAUAGUAUCAGACAUUAAACUCUCGCAAAUUCCGCAAUAUCAGAACAUCUCCUAUUACACUUGCAAUAUUGCAGGAAGAAAAGCCAUCAUAACGAAAGAUCUAUCUUAAUGAUCCAAGACAUUAAAUGAAAGUUAUAUAUUUCCAUGUGAAUACAGGUUUAUUGUACAAUAAGAGUGCACAAUGUGGAAAAGAUGAUCAGCAAUUGCAGGUACCAUAAACAGUGAAAGGUUAUUCUGCUCUCAUCCUGGACUUUCCAUACUUUUAAUAUUUUAAGCUACAAUGAUCAUGGGAAUACAAGAAACAGUAGUUUAUGGAAAAGCACAUUCAGUUUCCACAAUCAAUGAAUCCAGAAUGUUGAUACUUGAAAAUCUUUUAUAUGCCAUGCAUUUCUGACAGGAGAAACAUGCACUAAAAACACAACAACAAAAAACACAACAACAAAAAAGAUACAAGCGGCAUAUAUCUAGUGACAACUGAGAUAAAGAAGAGAGGUCUAUAGCAAAAUUAACAUGGGGUUCACUCCUUUUUGCUGAUUCACACAACUCUCCUGCUUGGCACAGGAGGGCACACGGUUUGCUCACCCUCUUACAGGGGAUGAGUGAUAUGUGAACGUCUCCCUGGAUUACCAAUAUUACCUCAUCCAUGGGGGAAGAGGUAAGGUCAAUGUCAGCUCAUCGGACCAUAUAUUCAGUGCAGAAACUGUCUCUAAAACAUGUAUACCUUGCAUACUACACAGGCAGUAGAGCAGUUUAUUAUUUGGCACAGCUUCUCAUGGUAUAAUAAUGUGCUAUUUGUGGUUAUCAGUAGGAAACAAUAAGUCAGCCAUGCACGUUCUUAAAGAGGUGUUCCAUAAGUUGCAUUGGGACAUGAUAUAACUGUCUAAUAUAUGACCCUUCUUGACUGUAUAUGUGGAGAGGUGGGGUCAAAGUGCUGUUGUAGAAGUACAUAUUGUAUCUUGGAAAUAUCAUUCAUAAAGUAAAUUCAGAAAGUAAAUUUGGGCUGAUGCCAAGGAAAUUGUCGGGAAUGAGCCAAUAAUUCCCUGAUCGUGAGCGGAGGUGAUUGCUGCAAUCAUCUUCUCUCUAUGUGGAAAACCUAUGGCUACUGUGAUUGCUGUUUAGUCCCAAUACAAAUUCAUUGUAUGCCACCGGUACAUCCCUGUUUACACAUGGAUCAUCUAAUGAAUGAGUUUGCUUGGUCAUCAGAUGAUCAGUGGGACAUUUAAACAAAGCUAUUAUUGGGAUGGAGUGUUUUCAAGAAUGAUCUUCUCCAAUAUUGUCCCAUUUCUUAGGCCAUGUAAAAGUAGAAGAGCCUUAAAGAGGAACUGUUACCUCCCCUGAGAUGUCUGUUUUAGUAACUUCUUUGAUUUCCCAUGCAAUUACUAUUCUGAAGCAUCUUUUUACGUACCUCUGUGUUGUCACUGCCUCAGUUAUGUUACAAGAGGGGUAAUAAUGAAACUGGAUGUCAUGAGUGGUGGUGGUGGUGGGGUGUCCCUGCUCAGUCUGACCUUGUUCAAUCAGUGCUGAUAGUCUAAAAAUUUGAAGGUACAAUCCCCUACUUGUAACAUCCAGAAGAUUUAUAAGUAAAGUACUGUAUCUACUAGCAAUAAGUGAGAAACGGAAUAGUGUAGAAUUACAGUAUAUAUGAAUAGAUGCUUCAGAAUUGCUAGUGCAUGUAGAAUGCAGCUAGUUACUGAGACAUGUCAGGAGGGGUGCUCUUUAACUGUCCUAGAAGAGGAAUCGCCAAUUUUGCACAAAGGAGAGCAUUUCCUCACAAAAAGUACAGGUGCACAGCAGCCCCAUCCUGUACCUCAUCUGUUCCCUGCAAUGUAUAUAUUAAAUGUAUUUAUGUAUACUGCUGACUCAUAGAACAGUGAAUUCCUACUAACAUUUUAUAGAUUUGCAGUGCUGCCCAGCUUCUAUAGAUAUUCAAUUAAUUAGUAUAUGUGGAUUGUUCAGAUUUAUACUAUAUCAUCUUUGAUAAAAACCCAAAUAUCUGCACCAGAUUCAUCUGUGACGUGCUGUCUUGGGGGUGGGUUCAACUAAAAUCCAGCUUGCAAAAGAGUCUGGGCGCCACUAAUUGAAGUAUAAGCAAUGUUUUAGCACACAGACUUUUUCUCAAACUAUAUAUGUAUUUUGAGAAAGGCCGUCUUUAGCAUUUGUACUCCAAAUGAAGCAGCUUAUAAUUUAUUUGACAGCAUUUUGGACAAUUUCUACAAGCUUGAUAAAAGCCCUACAUCCAACAUUAUAAACCCAUGCUAAAUGUCCAAUUAUCCAUUUCUACCACACAUGUCCACCACACUGCCGAGUUCAUAGUAAUACAUUCAUAGUUUCAUUGUAUACAAUACUCUUGCAAAUUUUAAAACUUUGCCAUAUAGUGGCCUAUAAUAGGAUGUUGUCCCUAAACCACUGUAAUGUCCUCCAGUUAAAAAGCUAUGGUCACCAUAUACUGCCAUAUGCCAUAUUGAAAUGCUCUCCAAAUUCAAACUGUGAGCUUGUAAUUCUUGAAAAAUCUAAUCAUUUUUAUAAGUUAGGGGGAGUUCAUACUCGCAUUGAUCUUUCCGUUGUAGCAUUCCGUUAUUUUAAGCUUAAAAAAAAAGUCCUGUCUGCGGGACUUUUUUAAUUUGUCCAAAAUAAUGGAAAGCGGAUGGAAUGCUGCUUUGCCUUUUUAUAUUCUGUUGAUCUUUAUAGCAAUUCUGUUAUUUUCCACCCUAAGCAUAUUAUAACGGAAAGCUUUGGGCACACAAUAGGUAAAUGGGCCAUUGCUACUACCCAUGAGGUUUGUUACAUUGCUUUGUCUAGUUGCCAAGUACAGUGAUCAACAUCUCUAGUGUUUCUUUUCCACAAAAUGUGUCAGUCAAUCCAGUAAACCUACAUUUUUUUUAAAUCAAAUUUCUCAAAUCUAAUUUCAUAUAAAAAGUGGGUAUGACAAUGUCGUGAAGGGCGUCAUUAUUUAUUAUAUGAUUCUAAAUAGCUAGCAAUACCAACAAGAAUUGGUUUUCCACCUUGUAAAGUAGCAUUACAAGUUUAAUUAAUAUCCCAGAUAAAAACAAAUUAGACCAAGGUGGCAUCUACCUAUCAAGCGUGAUUGUUUUAGACAAAGGGUAUCAACCACAGUUAUGGCAUGUUUAUCACUGCAUUUCAACUGGGUUUGAAAACACAAGCUGUGUGUACAGGAAUAUAAGAGAUGUUAGAUUUAGGCUCAUUUCAAAUAUGCGAUAAACGUAAACAGGAAAGUGUCGGGAUCUUAUUAUAGCCUAUAGUUUUUUUUUGCAGGAUGGAAAAGCACAGACUUCUGCGUUUUUCCAUCCAGUAAAGCAAAGUUGACAAAACUGAUGCACUUUUGGGAUCAUCUUUUUUUCUAUAGAAGCCUGUGGCUGUGUAUCUAAUAAAAUGAACUUUAUUUUUUAUUUUUUUAUGUAGUUUACACUUCACAUUGGGGUUAAAAAAUCCAGCAGCCUGUUCCGGCAUAAAUGCUGGCUGUAGGACCAGCAGUAUUUAUUAAGCUAAAAGCUGGCAUUUAUGCCGGAAAGUGACUGGAUUCCUGUCGUAUUCCAUUGUAGUCAAUUGGGAUCUGGCAGUUCCCAGUAUUAUCUAGGUAUGCUGGAGACGGUGAACUUCGGCAGGCUGGUCCUCUGCCGGAACAGUCUGCCGGAUAUUAUAAUACUACUGUGAAAGAAACCUUAACUGAAACAAAAAUGGAUACAACAGUUACUCUUAUCUACUGGUUAGGCUCUAUUUUCAUCUGUGUCAAAGGCAUUUUGGGAAGCCUUUGGCACAAUCCUCCAUUGGAGAUUCCUCAACAUUUGCCAGAAAAAUAGCACUGUAUGCAGGACUAUUUUGUUCUGUAAAAUAAAAAAUACAUUAUGAGGGAACCUAAAGGCCCGCAUUGUAAGUAAGUGGGUUCCAUUAGGCGCCAUUUGUAUAGGUCAUGGGAUCCAAAACAGCAUCAUUUUCUUCUUCUAUGAGAGAACAGAAUACCAGAAAUUAGAACAAAGAUGCAAACAGAGUUGUAGAGAUGCAAGAACUUCCCUUUCUUCAAUUUUUUUAUCUAAACUCUCCUUUGCGUGCAUAACAUUCAUUUAAUGCAUUCAGAUUCAUCUGGAAUUAUUUACAGUUGACCUUUAGUUUUUAAUGACUGUAUCUUUAUAAUAAUGAAUGAUUGCUUUUUAUACUUACUGAAUACCUUCUAGUCCAAACUACAAUAAGGCACUGAUUAUUUGUUCUAGUUAUUAGCACUAUGGUACUUCAGUCCAAAUAUUUGCUUUUCAAUUAUGAACUUAACCACAGGCUGUAAGUAGGGAGAGGUUCUGGAGGGGCAUAUGCACUAGGUACUGGGUAAGGAUGGCACCACUACUCCCUCUAUGUUGUGCUCUAUAAAAACUGUAGAGGUAAAAAAUUCCAUAUCCUGUAGACAGCAGUGUUAUAGGGCCUGUCAUUCCUAAUUAUUGUGUUGUUUUAGCUCUUUACUUUCCAAAGUGCACAGCUUAGAGGGAACUCUGGUUAGCACUGGUUUUAAUAAUAGGCAUACAUAUAUUUUUGCAGCAGACUGACUUGGCAUGGUGCAGGAGAAAAGGGUUGGCACCCAGCAAUAGUAGUUGUCUGUAGACCUUUGUGUGUAUUACUUUGUCUAGAAGGGUCAAAUGUAAUUUUCUACCUCGGAUGAAAGAAAUCCAAGCUUUGCCCCUGAACAUGACCAUGGUGGUAAUGGUGUUACUAUAGGCACAAUAUACAAACUAAUAUAACAUAUACAUAUACUGAUAUAACUAAGCACAAUUGAGAUAUUUGGUACAACCAUGCCAAAAAAAACAUUUGCUGCAUUCUAUAUCGUUUAAACAGUAAUCACUCGUAGUGCAGCUUAACACGCAGCUUAAAACUCUAGAGACUAAAUACGACAUAUGUAUUUUAAAGCACAAGAUCUGGCUUUGAGGUCUGAGCAUAUACACUGCAUUAUGUAUCAUUUUAGGGUGUUAAUAAAAUUUGCCACUUGGCUACUACAUUUACAGUUGCAUCACUAGUAAAAUACAUUGGAGUAUCAAGUUGAAUGCUUAGGACUAUAUGUUCUUGAGGCUUAAAUAUUAUUGUAAGGCUUUGUUCACAUCUCUGUUUUGUAAAUCCACUAGUCUGUUCUGGCAGAAGACCUGCCAGAUCUCAUUAUAGUGAAUAGAAAUCCAGUGGCACUUGGCGGUUUGCAGCUAUGCCAGAUACGGUAACCUGUCUGUAACUCUGCUGGAGAAGACUACCAGAUUUACCAAACAGAGAUGGAAAACUGGCCUUAACAGUUUAGUCUUUGAGGUCUCUAAGGAUGCAGAUAGCUUUGUAUGCCACCAGUUGGACAGCCGUAGCAUACAAAAAUCACUUCAUCUAUAUAUAAGGAUGGUACUCUUCGUUGGUAAGAAGCCAUGUGUGUGGUGGAAUCCUGGAACUGGAUCUGUAAAUACUUGGUGCCGCUUCUCUUUUUACGUUAUUUGAAAGCAUUGUACUCUGAACAUAUAACUGUCACAGAUUACACAACGGUUACACUAUAUUUAUCUUGACGUUAUUCAAUUAUAGACUGGCAUGAAGAUAUAUUUUCUAUUUAUUGUGAUAUUUUUGUGUUUUGAUGGAAAGCUAUUAGCACUUGCUGUCCGUUCACUGGUAGUAUUAUAGCAAAAGCCGUGUUCACAUGAUCUACUGUAUGUAUUAGCAGCAUAGUCCUAAUGAUCUGAAGCACUGAAUAUGUAAAUAAAAGGAUGAAAUGGCUGAGGAGUAGAACUUCAAAAGCAAAAAAUUAUCAAAGUAUUAAAGCAUAAAAAAAAAUGUUUCCUUGUUUUGAUGUUCUAUAUUUUUAUACAUUUUAUUUAUUGUUUUGUCAUUUUAAUACCCUUUAGAGUAACUGUUAAGUUUCUUUUUAGAUUUUUUCUCUAUUAUACAAUGGAUAAAAAAACAGUAAAGCCAUGAUAUAUGUAAGCGCCUUGCAUAGAUUUAGCCAAGGCCAUUAAGCAAUAUUAGAUUUCAACAAUGAAUUCCUUUCCAAUUUUUUACCCUUAUAUUUAUUGUAGUUUUUCAGUCAUUUUUGCAUAGAGAAUGCUGGUGACAAUGAUUGUUAUGCUAUAAAAUUGGUACAAAAUGCUUAUUUUGGUAGUAAAAACAAUAAAGUGUAGAAUAAAUAAAAUAAUAUACAGCUUUAAUAUUUUUUUGAAUGUAUGCAAAUGACACAAAUUCUUUGAGAUGUACAUAAACCAUUGGAUAUAUUGAAAAUGUAACAUGAAUGGCUAAUUUUAACACACGCAUGAUAUUAUAUGACAGUGUAGCAUUCAGGCUGUGUUUAUUGUGGAACUGUCAUCUAUUUUACUCACUAUACAGAUACAGAUAUCAUCUGUGCCUCCAUGGUUCAAUGUUUCCAGUGCUGUUAUGAAUAUAAAGAAUCUUGCAGAAAUAAAAUUUGAAGUAUGAA